AGAGUAACCGAUUUUUCUCUUCACCGGCUCCGUUUGAAUCAUCCCUUUUGGGCUUUUGGCCUUUUCCUUCUAUCCACUUCAAUCUGAUAAAGUUUUCCUCGUCUUCGAGACUUUUUACUGUCGGUCUGUCGUUCCUCCACAAAUAUCCCAAGUCCUGCCAUCAUAAUUCACCAUCCUCACUCACCCAAACAGUAGAUAUUGGCGGGUAAUCGAUAACACAGAGAGAGAGAGAGAGAGGUAUGGAGAUUUCUGCAGUGGGCGUUGGGUUUCAGCAUUACCACAUUCGCCUGUCGCCCAUAAUCAACUCUCAUGCCACCACCAGCAACUAUGACAAUGCCAAGAAAAAUCGUCAACUCGUCUGUGCUAGCGCUACUCUCAGUGAGUUGGAUAUGCAACCUGCUCACGUCUCCCCUGCUUCCACAACAGUCAGAAAGACCAACUCGACACUCUACUCGGCUAGACGAGCUGCGGUAGUCGAUGUACAGAACUGUACCGAUUUGGAUUCUGCACUAGCAAGGUCAGGAGAGAUAUUGCAAGUGCAGGAUUUGAAUGUUAUUUUGCGUCAUUUUGGAAAGCUAGACAGAUGGCAGUAUGUCUCUCAGUUGCUGCAGCUUUUUGAUUGGAUGCAGAAGCAUGGAAAAGUAAAUGUUGCAUCAUACAGCAGUUAUAUCAAGUUCAUGGGGAAGAGCCAUAAUCCAGUAAAAGCUAUAGAAGUCUACAAUAGCAUUCAAGAUGAAUCGACCAAAAUAAAUGUCUCUGUCUGCAAUUCAAUUCUUGGCUGUCUGAUCAAGAAUGGGAAAUUUGAGAGUAGCAUCAAGUUGUUCGAUCAGAUGAAGCAAAGUGGUCUACAGCCAGAUGCCGUAACAUAUAGUUCUCUGCUUGCAGGUUGCAUUAAAGUUAAACAUGGCUUCUCAAAAGCGAUGCAGCUAGUUCAGGAAAUCAAAUAUAAUGGUUUGCACACCGAUGAUGUAAUAUAUGGAACACUUAUAGCCAUUUGUGCUACAAACAAUCGAAUCAAAGAAGCAGAGGCCUAUUUUGAGCAGAUGAAAUAUGAAGGUUUUUCUCCUAAUGUUUUCCAUUAUAGCUCUUUGCUUAAUGCAUAUUCAGCGGAUGGAAACUAUAUGAAGGCUGAUGAGUUGGUCAAAGAUAUGAGAUCUGAAGGGUUAGUACCAAACAAGGUUAUUCUGACUACCUUACUAAAGGUCUAUGUAAGAGGUGGUUUGUUUGAAAAAUCAAGAGAAUUACUCGUUAAGCUGGAUUCUCUUGGAUAUGCUGGGGAUGAGAUGCCUUACUGUUUAUUAAUGGAUGGCCUUGCAAAGGCUGGACAUAUAGAUGAAGCUAUAUUAGUUUUUGACGAAAUGAGGAAAAAAGAAGUGAAAUCAGAGGGUUAUUCCCAUAGCAUCAUGAUUUCAGCAUUUUGUCGAGUUGGACAACUUAAGGAAGCCAAACAGCUUGCAAGGGACUAUGAAGCCAGAUAUGAUAAAUAUGACUUGGUUAUGUCAAAUACCUUGCUACGUGCAUUCUGCAGAGCAGGUGAGAUGGAGAGUGUAAUGCAGAUAUUGCGAAAAAUGGAUGAAUUGAGAAUAUCUCCUGAUUGGAAUACUUUUCACAUCCUAAUCAAGUAUUUCUGUAAGGAGAAGCUCUACCACCUUGCGUAUCGGACAAUGGAGGAUAUGCACAGUAAAGGUCAUCAACCAGAUGAGGAAUUGUGUUCAUCCUUAAUUUUACAUUUGGGAAAAGUUGGUGCUGCAUCAGAAGCGCUUUCUGUUUACAACAUGUUGAGGUAUAGCAAGAGAACAAUGUGUAAAGCUCUUCAUGGGAAGGUUUUGGACAUCUUAGUAGCAGGAGGGCUUCUUAAAGAUGCCUAUGUUGUAGCAAAGGACAAUUCAAGGUUCAUCUCUCAGGCAACUUUAAAGAAGUUUGCUGUGGCAUUUAUGAAAUCGGGUAAUAUUAACUUGAUAAAUGAUGUUGUGAAAGCUGUGCACAGUUCUGGGCACAAAAUUGACCAGGAGGUCUUCCAGAAAGCUAUAUUGCGCUAUAUAGGGCAACCUGAAAAGAAGGAGCUGCUCUUAAGGUUGCUGCAAUGGAUGCCAGGUCAAGGUUAUGUUGUGGAUUCAUCUUCAAGAAACCUAAUCCUGAAAAACUCGCAUCUAUUUGGGCGUCAACUUAUUGCGGAGAUACUAUCUAAACAGCACAAGGUGGCAAAAUUAUCAAGAACUAAGGCAUGAAGAAUAAGUGAAUUUGGUAGUGAAAGAAUAGAAAUUGUGCCCAGCUUUGGUAGAUUAUGGAGGGUUUGAUAAUGACAUAGUUUCUUCUAAGUUCCACAUCUAAUCAACUAAGCAUUCAGCAUUUAUGAUUCUAUCAUUCCUGAUCUGCUAUAACUUGAACAGACGAUUCAAUGUACAGAGUGCUUGAUAAUGUGAUCAUUUGAGUCUCAAGUUCUACCA